AUGAUCUACGUUUUGCUGGCUGUGGGCAAGUCAAUACUAAUAAAGGUGUUAAUGAUCUACGUCUGGAUGGCUGUGGAAAAGUCAGUACUAAUAGAGGUGAUAAUUAUCUACGUCUUGCUGGCUGUGGACAAGUCAAUACUAAUAGAGGUGAUAAUUAUCUACGUCUUGCUGGCUGUGGACGGGAAACGGACAGAGGAGCGCAAGUCAUUAGUGUCUAAGCCUGCCAACAACUGUCUGUCCUGGGAUCACAGCACAGUUGUAUCAUUCCAACAUACAUUACGAGAGGUACGCUGGUCAUUCCCCACAGUGUCUGAGCCUGCCAACAACUGUCUGUCCUGGGAUCACAGCACAGUUGUAUCAUUCCAACAUACAUUACCAGAGGUACGCAGGUCAUUCUCCACAGUGUCUGAGCCUGCCAACAACUGUCUGUCCUGGGAUCACAGCACAGUUGUAUCAUUCCAACAUACAUUACCAGAGGUACGCAGGUCAUUCUCCACAGUGUCUGAGCCUGCCAACAACUGUCUGUCCUGGGAUCACAGCACAGUUGUAUCAUUCCAACAUACAUUACCAGAGGUACGCUGGUCAUUCCCCACAGUGUCUAAGCCUGCCAACAACUGUCUGUCCUGGGAUCACAGCACAGUUGUAUCAUUCCAACAUACAUUACCAGAGGUACGCAGGUCAUUCUCCACAGUGUCUGAGCCUGCCAACAACUGUCUGUCCUGGGAUCACAGCACAGUUGUAUCAUUCCAACAUACAUUACCAGAGGUACGCUGGUCAUUCCCCACAGUGUCUAAGCCUGCCAACAACUGUCUGUCCUGGGAUCACAGCACAGUUGUAUCAUUCCAACAUACAUUACGAGAGGUACGCUGGUCAUUCCCCACAGUGUCUAAGCCUGCCAACAACUGUCUGUCCUGGGAUCACAGCACAGUUGUAUCAUUCCAACAUACAUUACCAGAGGUACGCAGGUCAUUCUCCACAGUGUCUGAGCCUGCCAACAACUGUCUGUCCUGGGAUCACAGCACAGUUGUAUCAUUCCAACAUACAUUACCAGAGGUACGCUGGUCAUUCCCCACAGUGUCUAAGCCUGCCAACAACUGUCUGUCCUGGGCUCACAGCACAGUUGUAUCAUUCCAACAUACAUUACCAGAGGUACGCAGGUCAUUCCCCACAGUGUCUAAGCCUGCCAACAACUGUCUGUCCUGGGCUCACAGCACAGUUGUAUCAUUCCAACAUACAUUACGAGACGUACGCAGGUCAUUCUCCACAGUGUCUGAGCCUGCCAACAACUGUCUGUCCUGGGAUCACAGCACAGUUGUAUCAUUCCAACAUACAUUACCAGAGGUACGCAGGUCAUUCUCCACAGUGUCUGAGCCUCCCAACAACUGUCUGUCCUGGGCUCACAGCACAGUUGUAUCAUUCCAACAUACAUUACCAGAGGUACGCAGGUCAUUCUCCACAGUGUCUGAGCCUGCCAACAACUGUCUGUCCUGGGAUCACAGCACAGUUGUAUCAUUCCAACAUACAUUACCAGACGUACGCAGGUCAUUCUCCACAGUGUCUGAGCCUGCCAACAACUGUCUGUCCUGGGAUCACAGCACAGUUGUAUCAUUCCAACAUACAUUACCAGAGGUACGCAGGUCAUUCCCCACAGUGUCUGAGCCUGCCAACAACUGUCUGUCCUGGGAUCACAGCACAGUUGUAUCAUUCCAACAUACAUUACCAGAGGUACGCAGGUCAUUCCCCACAGUGUCUGAGCCUGCCAACAACUGUCUGUCCUGGGAUCACAGCACAGUUGUAUCAUUCCAACAUACAUUACCAGAGGUACGCAGGUCAUUCCCCACAGUGUCUGAGCCUGCCAACAACUGUCUGUCCUGGGCUCACAGCACAGUUGUAUCAUUCCAACAUACAUUACCAGAGGUACGCUGGUCAUUCUCCACAGUGUCUGAGCCUGCCAACAACUGUCUGUCCUGGGAUCACAGCACAGUUGUAUCAUUCCAACAUACAUUACCAGAGCUACGCAGGUCAUUCUCCACAGUGUCUGAGCCUGCCAACAACUGUCUGUCCUGGGAUCACAGCACAGUUGUAUCAUUCCAACAUACAUUACCAGAGGUACGCAGGUCAUUCCCCACAGUGUCUGAGCCUGCCAACAUCUGUCUGUCCUGGGCUCACAGCACAGUUGUAUCAUUCCAACGUACAUUACCAGAGGUACGUUGGUCAUUCCCCACAGUGUCUAAGCCUGCCAACAACUGUCUGUCCUGGGAUCACAGCACAGUUGUAUCAUUCCAACAUACAUUACCAGAGGUACGCAGGUCAUUCCCCACAGUGUCUGAGCCUGCCAACAUCUGUCUGUCCUGGGCUCACAGCACAGUUAUAUCAUUCCAACGUACAUUACCAGAGGUACGUUGGUCAUUCCCCACAGUGUCUAAGCCUGCCAACAACUGUCUGUCCUGGGAUCACAGCACAGUUGUAUCAUUCCAACAUACAUUACCAGAGGUACGCAGGUCAUUCCCCACAGUGUCUGAGCCUGCCAACAACUGUCUGUCCUGGGCUCACAGCACAGUUGUAUCAUUCCAACAUACAUUACCAGAGGUACGCAGGUCAUUCCCCACAGUGUCUGAGCCUGCCAACAACUGUCUGUCCUGGGAUCACAGCACAGUUGUAUCAUUCCAACAUACAUUACCAGAGGUACGCAGGUCAUUCCCCACAGUGUCUGAGCCUGCCAACAUCUGUCUGUCCUGGGAUCACAGCACAGUUGUAUCAUUCCAACAUACAUUACCAGAGCUACGCAGGUCAUUCUCCACAGUGUCUGAGCCUGCCAACAACUGUCUGUCCUGGGAUCACAGCACAGUUGUAUCAUUCCAACAUACAUUACCAGAGGUACGCAGGUCAUUCUCCACAGUGUCUGAGCCUGCCAACAACUGUCUGUCCUGGGCUCACAGCACAGUUGUAUCAUUCCAACAUACAUUACCAGAGGUACGCAGGUCAUUCCCCACAGUGUCUGAGCCUGCCAACAACUGUCUGUCCUGGGCUCACAACACAGUUGUAUCAUUCCAACAUACAUUACCAGAGGUACGCAGGUCAUUCCCCACAGUGUCUGAGCCUGCCAACAACUGUCUGUCCUGGGCUCACAACACAGUUGUAUCAUUCCAACAUACAUUACCAGAGGUACGCAGGUCAUUCCCCACAGUGUCUGAGCCUGCCAAAAACUGUCUGUCCUGGGCUCACAGCACAGUUGUAUCAUUCCAACAUACAUUACCAGAGGCGUUCCAGGCUCCCGCAACCCCAUGA